CUUUUCUUCAUUUUCUCUUGUAUGGUUUUUGUCAUUCUUUUCCAAAGGAAAGCGCUUCAUACAACUCCCAUAAUGAUGAUAAUAGUGUGUGGUCCAACAGAGAUACUUAUGUCAAAAAUCUAAACAUAUUUGUGGCCGUCUAGUCUUUGUAAACAUCCUUUAGAAUUUAAGGUCGUGAUUUGGUUUUUGCCCCGUGGUUUCAAAAUUCCGGAUAAUUGACAAUGGCUCUGUACUUGGAAUCAGCGUGGCUAUUUGCCAUUCAAAAAACUUGUACGGCCUCGACCGUGCUCUAUGUAAAAGCACCCUUCAGUAACGAGGAGUGGCGCAUGAGUGAACCACUUCAGUACAUGUAUUUCAAAGGCAAGGUCAUUCAAGAACACAACACCUUACGUCAGGCAUUUUGCACAUGUUCAGCGGGUGAGAUUUGGUAUAUACGGUUGCGCAUAGAGGCCACGCCUUGUGUGCGUAUUGAUAUUGUCGAAUGACAUUGUUUUGAACAUGUUCUGUUGAAAUACCGAACUUGUUCAAUCCUUACCCAGACCACAACUUCAAAGGAAGAAUGACUCCAGAAUCGAGUUGUAAUAUUUCUGGGGACAAUGAACACGAAACAUAGACAAACUGAAUUUGCUCGAACUUCUUUUGAGAGAUGGGGCUGUCCCGUUUAAUUCCCAACUGUGAUGUGGUUUGGUUUCCUGAUUUGAAGAAAUUUAUGUUAAUCAAGCAAGUCUUUCUCUUUUUUUCUGCGUCAAAAUAUUGCUCGUUCUGGUAAAUAAAUCAGUUCUCAGAAUAAUCACCAACCAAACCUUCCACCCUCGUACCAUGUACCUCUAUAUUUUAGUUUACAACAGAAAGUUUAAAAUUAAAUUCCUAUUUUCAUAGUAUGCCUAUUCAGUUAAUCCUCACAAUCUCUUCAAGUCAUUGUGGUGUCAUAUAUUUGCGUAAUCCUAAAGUAAUCCUCCAGCCAAAAUUGAAUUCAUCACUACUUGUCAUUUUAUAGCGCUGGCUGCGAGACAGAUUUUUAAGUGCUGUUCAUUGCGAAGAACUUAUUUCAAAGGGUAGGUUUUAAAAGAAGCGCACUAUGUUUGCACGGUAGAAAAUAGACAUUGACAUCUUAUUGGUGUAAAAUACCUGUUAUAACGUCCCCAAAUUUAUACAUGCAUACAUACGAUUCAUGUCGCGGCCAUGACAUGAAUCAGCUUAAUUAUCGAAAGAAAAGGGCUGACAUUUUGACAGAUAAGAACAAGACUAUUUAACACAUACACACAGGAAACCAAAAAAGGAAAUUGAUACACUGCGUGAUUGUACAACCAAGCCACCGGAUUGACCAGAGGAAGUCAACCCUGGUCUAAGUUACACCACGUCCUGUCGUGUAACCGAUUUCCCUCGAACAAUGUCUUGUUUUGCUUAAACUAAAAUGAAAGUGAUCAGCAGCUUGCUUCUGCGUCAAACACAAACGUUAUGGUACGUUUUGAGGGUGAUUGUUCAAUGCACAAGGAAAUCGACAGAUGAAUAUCACUGUUUUACAAAGACAACUCCUUCAGUUUUGGUAACUCUCACUCCGAUGGGUUUGACAGCGAUGGGUUUAACAGUAACAUGUAUGAUCGUAUUGCUGGUGGGUACACAAGCACUGGCGCAGAGACUACUGUCUUUACAUGUAAUAUUCACCGGACCUCCAGGAGACAUAGAGGAAGGCACAACAGCCCGUAUGGAAUGUUCGAUAAUAAUCGCCUCUCCAAACCUCAUCCUGGAUCCCAUCAUCAACCUGCAGGUACUUCAUAAUGGCAUUGAAAUUAUUAACAAAGAAAGGAUAAGCGGGAGAACCACCUACCAAUCGACAGAAUACGACUUGACGGUGGACCGCUCUGAUUUCAACACUUUCGUUGUAAAUCUGGACGUCCUCGAUGUUAGAAGAGACGAUGCAGGAACCUACACGUGCAAGGUAUCUCACCUUUUAAACCUAAAUGGAUCUGCAAUCGCUACUGAUGAAGCCACAACUCAGAUCAACAUAACAUCAGCGGAUCACCAACCAUACUGUCAUGUCUUAGGACGACCACUCCCAGAUGAAAUUCCAAGUGGAACGGUGGUUACACUCUUAUGUUCUUUCAAAACGCGUGAUCCAACAGUCGUCCUCAACUGGUCCCAACCAGAAGGAACCGAAUUAAUCUUUGAGGCCCAAAUACAAAACAAUGGUUAUACACAGAAUGAGCUAACUGUCCGUCUUUUGUUUUCAUCUGACGAGGCGGACGUUGUCUUCAGGUGUGAAGUUAGAAAAGCUGACGUUCCAUCAUUUCGGAGCAAUUGCAAUGUGGGUCCUUUGAACAUAGCACCAGUUAUCGACACUGACAUCAGUACAAUGUCAGGUAGCGGUCCUCUGGCGAAAACGUCAGCGCCUGACAUUUAUUUUACAGAAGAAAACAAUCAAGCUUCCAUCACAGUUAAGCCUGGUCAGUUGCCAGGUAACGAUACCAAGACAUUGGCCGCAAUAAUUGUACUUGCAGGUCUACUUGUUAUUUCCAUUUUGUUCAAUAUCUUCAGCAUAGUGCGCCGUCGAGGAACCAGGCAGCCACAUACGACGCAAACAGUUUACCAAAAUGGCGACUACCAAGGUCUGAACAGAGUUGAACAAAAUGAAACAUACACACGUUUGAAUUCACCGCCCGUCAGUCUUCAGACGAUCCAGAAAAAACCAGAAGCCAUUGGAGCAGUUCAUCAACACAGUAGCGAUGAAGACUAUGCUCAAGUGGAAAUGUCAUCCAAUGGUUAAACCUAGCUGCAAAGAUCGUGAAGAUCCAAAAUAUGUGAAUUAUAGCAAAAGGAAACCGUAGUUUAUCAUAGAAUAAGUUUUAAUUGCUUGUAUUUAACACCCUAAAGCCAUAGCUUCGGCAAGUACAAAACGCUUUUGCAAAACCAUCAAUCUCAUGAUCACCUUUUAGCCUUUCGACUUACGUUUCGAGUAUCUUAUCACAUUGUUUUAAAGAUAAAAACCAUUCCUGCUUUAAUUGUAUAGUUUUCUUUAAAAGAGUUGUGGGCCUUGACGAGAGUAUUUUAAUCCCAAAGAUCAACUUUUUUAUCGUCAUUAAAUAAACAUUCUCCACUUUUCUGAAUUUUUCACGUUCUUUGGGAGAUAUUCAUUUAUAUCCUUUUUUGUUCCCGCUAAAUUUAGCAAGACCAGUUUCAUCAGGAACAAUGGAGUCUUUAUUGAAAUAAGGUUGAGUAAUCAUUUUUACCGCAUCGAACUGUAGACUGUGAACCCAAGAAUGUUUGACGCGUUUAUAGCAUGAAUACAAUUAACAGUUGAACACGCAGCGCGUUUGGACAUGAACGUGUUAAGUGUUCAUCACCAGGACAGUAAGCGCCUAUUUAUAGUGGCUUAAAACGUGAAUUCUAUUAUUUUCCGCCAAUACUUUUUUGUACCGAUGAGAUGGAAAUCUCAUGUUGCAAGUGGUUAAUUUAAACUGAUAUAACGUAUAAUGUAUGGAUGUAGCGUGGAUUGUCACGUGAUUAUCAUACCAAAAAAUAAACACCACCUUUGGGCAAUCCGUUCAGUUCUACUGUCCAGCGUUUAAGACACGACUAAGUACAGUACAUGCGCAGUAUGUACACGCACGUGCAUGUGCACUGCGGUUUCCGUGUCCCCCGCAUGCCUGCUGGCCGUUGAAAGUUGAAAAUGUAGAAAAAUCGGACUGAGUAGAGUUGCAUUUAUUCGUUUCGUACAAAGGUUCGUGCAUAUAACGUGCAUUGAUAUUUCGGGAUCUCGGAUGGGUGAUAAUUUUUUUUUUUGAAUAAGGUCUGUCUACAGUAUUUCGACCAUUUUUUCCAGUGUCAAGUUCUGGCAGUCGGCUUGCCACUCUUCACGUCACGUAUGAUUUCACGUACCAAUAAUGUGCAGUUAAUGGACACUGCACCCUUUAUAGACGUGUCAAAAUGUUUAAACGUGUUACAGUCUGUACACACAAACGGGUUAAUAAGUAAAAAGUGUUUAAAAACCUUACAUAUUUUAAACACAUCCACAUAACUUAUUAAUCAUAAACAUACGUUGCGUUUAUAAAAUGAAAUAGUGUGUCCAGCAUAUAAACAUGUCAUAUAUGUAUUUAUUUAUAAAAGUAUCAAAAUGUUUAAAGACUUUUACAGAUUUGCAUUUAAUUUACGUUUAGAAGUUAAACCCUUGGAUUUUACAAUUAUAUGUAUAUGCCAUAGGAUUGUGAAAUGUUUCUCUUUGGAAAUGAUCAAGGAGAACAAAACUGUGAUGGUUGUAUAUCAUGACGACUGCUAAUUACUAUAAUGGUCAUGUCACUGUAAAGAUCCCAGCUAUCCGUGGAAACCAUAGUCAGGAAAUCCUCCAGUUUCCUCAUUGUUUGACCCUAAAUCAAUCAAGGCCAACCAGUGACUCAUGGGCAAACUAUGCAUGUAGGCCUACAUGUGCAUUCCCUGAACACAAAUAUGUCAAAGGGAAAUAAAACAUUGUCGAGGCGUAAAAGAGCCAGGACUUGUCUGAUACGAGACUAGAUGUUUGAAACUUUACUUUCCACACAGGAAAGGUUGAAACUUUGAAGAGCUGCAUAUUGAUAAUACACGUACUGGGAAAAGCCUGAUUGACGAGUAAUAUUUCGAAGUAAAUUACUAGAAAUAAACCCAUUUGCAUGUA